CUGGACACUGUUAAUACUGUUUAAUCCCUUUCUGUCAGCCAACCAGACUUGUCCCCCUGCCAAUGCACUGUCUACAGUGUGUCACUUAUCUUCAAACUGAGAAAGAGAGCAUCUAAUAAUAACAUCUUCCUCCAGCUCUCCAGUCCAACGGCACACUCCCGGACUAAUGCCGACGCUUUAUUAUUAAGGAAACUUCAACAGCGGAAUAAAUCUUUUACCGUUUACGGAGCACAACUUGGACGACCUGAGCAGCAGAGACUGUAGCUGUUCCCACAUGCUGAUGUCUGAACUUUGCCUGAGUCCCAAAACUACCACGAUGGACACAUUUACUCACCAAAGGCGGCCGAUAACUCGAUCCUGCAGUCUUGGGGGCACGCUGACUAGGAGUACCACUUUCCAUGCCUUGUUCCUUCCACGAAACCAGGAACAGGAGGCGUCGCCACGGCAACGGCGCAAAACCGUCGCGUCAUAUAUGCCUCAUUCUAAGGAUCAGAAUGGAAACUUCCCCGAAAAGAUUACCCCAAGAGGAUCUCAUCUGGACCAAGACAGGCAAGCGGCCAAAUGUCUCAAGGAUCUGAACACGGAAGAAGUCUGCCAGUGGUUUGCAAGUAUUGGGCUGAAAAAAUGUCUCCCUUUCAUCAGAGAAUCACGACUGUGUGGUGCAAACAUGGCCUCAGUAGACGAGAACACUCUGGACAUCCUCCAUAUCAGCACGCUGGAGGACAGGGAGCAGUUGCUGUCGGCCAUUUAUAACGAGCUUCACCCUCCCAGCAUUGUGACGCAGAGGCUGAACCCUCUGCUAGGGCCUAAGAAUGUGGAGACAUUCACAGCAAAAACGGGGUCAAUGACAAAGUCCAAGUCCUCUCCUCAUGUGAGCUGUUUGAGCAUGAAUCAGCGUUCCCUUAAGCUCAGAAGCAUCAGCCAAAACGCCACGCCGCAGAAGAAUGCUCAGCUGAUAGAGAUUACCAUUAAUGCAUCAGAGCGCAUAGUUCAUCUCAGAACCCCAAAAGAAACCACAGUGGGAAAAAUCAUGGACUCGUGCAUUAAAAUGCUGGGAAUGGCAGAAGAUAAGCACCUGCUGGUAAUGAAAGAAAAGGAAGGUUCACCAGAGGAGCUCUCACCAGAUCAACAGAUUGGGACUUUACUGACAUCAUCAUCAUCAUCAGAGUACAGGCAGCUGGAGCUGCAUUUGUGCAAAAUGGACAAGCCAACAGCUUCUACAUCCCAGAAUGGUCCAGAAGACAACAAGUCCAGUGGGAAUGCCAAGAGUAACAGCCAGGAGAACCAGGCAGCUAAAGAAGAGAGGAUCAGGGAACUAAACCAACAGGUGGAAUCACUACAGAACGUCAUCCUACAGGUUCAGGAGCUUCACCAUGGCCUGGUAGCAUUUUGCUCAGAGUUAAAGAACAUGUACGGAGAUGUGAAUGUAGACAGGCUUAGCUCCGCUGAGCUGAAGCAGAGGUUGGACCUGGUCAUCGGUCGGCUGCAGGGCCAGAGGCAGAACCUGGAGAGCCUCAGAGAAGACAUGAACAACUCGGCUGCUCACAAGAAGAAGCAGUUGGAGGUUCGUCUCUUGGAAAAGAUGAAGCUGAACUGCCAAAUCUUUAAGGAGGAAAUUUCCAUCGUGCAUCUCAACCGUCACGUGGCUCACCUCCAAAGUGCCCUCCAGGAAAGCUGCAUUAAGGAGAAAGCCAGAAGAAAGACUUUGCCCAUCGGUAGCCUGAGCCAGCUUGUGUCACCGCAGUCUCCAGCCAUGCUCCUGGUUGUGCAGGAGAACCGGAGCCUCGACGGCCAUUAUGGAUUCACGUGCGGCUGCAGAGAAGGCGGUGGACUAGUCGUGGUGAAGGCGGACAACUCUGAACUCUGUGUGGACGACAGACUGAUGGAGGUAAAUGGUGUCCCGGUGGUCAACUCUACACACGAAGAGCUCUCUGAACUCCUGCUGCAGGGACCCAGCGCUCAAAUUGUUGUCCUUCGCCAGCCCCCGACCACCCCGACCACCCCGAACUCUCCUCUGUUCCUGCAGCAUGCUCCUCCACUGCGUAAAGUAACAGCCACCUGAAGAUGAGCGAAACAAAAAGGUCCGCUACUGACUUUUGCCUCUCAGUUAGGAAUUUCCAUUAGCGAUAUGGUUGCGUAGCAUCAUAUGUACAUAUGUAGCAUUUGUUUUUGGUAGCUAGUGAAGUAAAUACAACUAUACAACGAUCCCUAUUCUGUAUUCAGACCUGUAUCAACGUUCUGCCGUGGAGGCAAAAUGAAAAGGAAAAAGAAGAAAGUCAAAGCCUGACAGAACAUUGCGCCACCAGAUGCGUGAUAAGCGUUUUUUUCUUCUUCUUUUUUUAGCAUCCGACAGACUAAUUCCUGAGGGUACAACAAUGUAUGCCUGAUUAGAACUCUGAAAGCUUCACCUUUGUUCAAAAUAGACAUAGAACUGAAUAGAGUCUGAAAAUAUGUGACAUAAUGUAAAAACACAUCCAAAACCUUUGUGUCCUGUCUGUUUGCUUUCUCCCUGCUGAUUUGACACUAAGAUGUUUUGGAACAAGGUUCAAAAUAUUUCUUAAAAAAAAAAAAAAAAAAAAUGAGUCAUGUCUCCCCUUUGUAAGCUGUAAUAUAAUCCACUGUGCUGUAGGAAUAAACCCCUGGGCCCGGAAAUGCCUCAUUUCUCAGCCUUGUUCUCUCUUUCUCGUUAAGUGGCAGUGGAUCAUGCGAGUCUGACGAAAAGACAGCACAAACACUACCAAACCCUGACCCAGACCCCUGGGUCCAAAGAGCCUGAGAGGAAAAGUGAUGAGACCCGCCUCGCCUGUCAGUAGAUGAGAAAGGUCACGAAGCAGUCGCCGAUACA